ACAAAAUUAGAAAAAGAUUUCAAAUUUUCCUUUCCCUCUAAUUAAAAAAUUUCAUGGAAACACUUUCACUGCUUAAAAAUAAACAGAAAAUAAACAGCCCCAUGAAAACAUAGCUUAAAAAUAAACAGAAAAUAGUAUUCUCAAGACCCAGCUAUAAAGAUUUACCUAAAGGAUCUCAUUCACAUAUGUUGUAGAUUACAGGAUAAACAAACGGGAUUUAUCUCUAAUAGAUUAUAUAUAGUAUCUGCAAACUAGCGUUUAACUAGACAUUCCCACAUAUGGAGCUCUCCAUAUACCGUCGAUUACGCUUCUGCAAGUAGUAGAUUUAUACCCAGUAAAACAAAAUCAUGUAACAAGAAUUGUAGAGCCUAUAUACUGGAUCCCAGAUGGGGGAGGCUGUGAAUUAUAAUAACACACGGACAUUAAUGAUUACAGGAUCCAUAUUUAUUAUAGUCUAUAUAGUUUUCUGCAUGACAAUUCCCUAUGGUUAUUACUUAGCUACAGAGAAGAUUACUGAUGCAGAGGAGGUUGCAAAAAGGGAGCAAUUUUUAGUGCCUGUUUUAACUGGUCACUUGGGGAUAAACAAUCAAUUGGUGGAGUAUAUGUCUGCUGCUGUCAUUGCUAGAGCUACAGGAAGGACACUCUGCCUUCCACCAUUAUUCAGAGGCCCUUUGAAACAUCAAGGCAGGCUUUCAGAGGACACAAGGAAUGAGAUCACAAUUCCUCUGGAGCAUAGGUUCGAUCUGAAGGAGCUCUCUAAGUUUGUUAGAGUAUCUUGCAUGACCCAAUGUGCCAAUGCCUGUGGAAAUAAGGUGGACAUCUUUUGGAAACUGAGAGCUGAAAACAAAAAUUAUGAUGUUUUCGGAUCAUCUCCUAAGCCAUCCAAUUACACACCUGAAAUAAUUGAGAUUGGGUGGUCUUUCAAAAACUGGAGGUCCAGUAAGGAUAUAUCCAACCAGAUGGAGGCCAUGAAUGGGGGCAAUUGUGCAGGCGUUUCAGGGCUUUUCCCAGGCCAUGGUUGGAGAGGGGCAUUCCUGGCUGUAUCUGCAUUCUUCAAGCCUUCAAAUUGUAUUUCAGCUGCAGUUUCAGCUCUCCAGGCACGUGCCUUUGGCCCAGGCAACCCAAAUUUUCUUGGAGUUCAUUGGAGGUUUGAGGAAGCCAGCUGCAGGAAUAGCGAUUUGGGAUUAUGCUUUGUAAGAUGUAGAGAUGGAUCCAUAAUCAGUUCCGGAUUGCAUUUUAUGCAGUGGAAAACAAACCCUGCAAACUGCGUGGGAGUAAUAACCACAAUGGAGGACAUUGUUGCUGCUAUACUUGAAAAGGCGAAGGAACAAAAUGUAGAGUCAGUGUAUCUUGCAACAGACGGAUGGAUAAGAGGCCCCAAGGCCCAAAUGUUACUUGCUAACGUGAUUAGAGCACUUCGCACAGAAGGAAUAAAUGUUGCAGGUCUGUGGAAAAUGGAAGGAGUUCCAAACUUCUCAGAUGGUACUUAUAUUGACUCAAAUGAAUUGGGACUGAACAAGUCUUGUAAAAUGAAAGCAAAUCAGAUGGUUUCCUUUAUUGAGCAGGAAAUGUGCUUAAGAGCCAAAGUUUUUCUGGGGAGUGGAGAAUCCACAUGGAGUUCAUCAGUAUUCUAUACAAGACUAGCAACCAGGAAAGCCUCUGAGAUAAUCACAAAUAGUGAUAGACAAGAAAGUGAUAUGAAUGAGUAUAUUAUAGAGCAACUUCUAUCCGACCAGCAUGCUUCAGGACUAAUGUGCAGGUAUUCAAUCCUUUACAACCAAAAGAAAGCGAACUACAGUGUGGAAGAGAUUAAAGAUGAAGAACCCGAUGGCUGGCUCGAUUUAGAAGCCUGCGAGAAAAGGAUUACUAAGGGUGGCCAUUGCAAUUUUGCUGUUUGCUUAUAAUCACGAGUUUACCACCCUCCAAUUUAUGUAUUGUAUGGCUAUACAUAAAUUUGCAGCUUAUCGGUGAACUUAAUGUAACUGUUUGCCAUGAGCAUCAAAUUAAACUUUAAAAAAAACACGUUAAACUUCAACUUUGGAGAAGCUGCAUCAUACCAUCUUCAAACUUUAAAAAAAACUAUAUAGUUGAGGUUUCUAUACGAAUAAUUAUAUGGAAGCUCUUGUUAUUUUGGUUGCGUUGGAGCAUUGUUGUUCUCUUCUUGGCAACAGAUUGUUAUUGAAUCUGACUCCAAGGUUGUGGUGUCUUUGUUGAAUCGGAAACACUUUGAUGGUGUUAGUUGGCAGUUGCA